AUGUCAGAAAAUGAGUUAUUACAAAAAUGGAGGUUAGAAAAUGCAGAUAUUCUUUCAAAAUCAAUCGAAUAUCUUUUAAAAAAAGAUCACAUAUGGUGUCAACACUAUGAUAUAGCAUUGUUAUCUUUUGAUUUACAUAGGAUUAUAUUUGAGGACCCAAAUUACACACUGCCACCAUUUUCAAAUACAUUUAUAGAAUAUUCAGGCAACCAAUUAUCACUUUGUUUAGAGUGUUCAAUAAAAUAUAGAGAGAUUAAGGAGGUUUGCAAACAGAAAUGGUCAAAAUAUAUUAAAUCAGAAUUAAUCGAAAGUAUAUUCAACGAAAUUCAACUAAAAGAGAAAAUGAGAAUAAAAGAACAUUUGGAUUUAUACAAAAAUGAUGAAGCAAAGUUGGUUGUUAUUAUUCACGAGGUUAUAAAUAAUAUCGAUUUAUUAGACGAUUUACUAUUAAAAAAAAGAUUCUUAAAUAUAUUUGAAAAAUUUAUAUCAGAAUAUUCAAUCUCUUUUGGUGAUCCAGAUAAAAUUGUACCAGGGUUAUAUUUAAUGUUAAUGGUUAAAUCCAAAGUACUUCAGGAAUGGGCAAUAGAAUUUUUAAUGGAGAAUCAAAAUUUAAUAACAAGCGAUCAAUAUCAUUCAGUUCAAGUAUUGGUAGAUAGGGUGAUUAAAGAUUUAGAAUAUAUACAAAAUAAUCAAAAUAAACCGACUGAAAAUACAGUUUUAUCUGAUAGUAUUGAGGAUGUAUGGAAUGGUUUACCAGUUUUUUUAAAUCAAUUUACACAGGAUUCAUUUAUUAAUAAUUUCCCAAAAGAUAAAUUAUUUUAUAUAUUUUAUAAAGAGUUAUCAAAAAAGUCUGAAGAUUUAAAAUUGUCAACUAUCGAAUCAAUAAUAGUUUUCUUUAGGUUUUUAAAGCAAAAGGAUAUAAGGGAGUUUAUUAAUGGCGACAAUAUGAUCAUAUUUAGAUUUUGGGAUUCACUAAUCGAAAAUUUUCAAAUUGGAAAUGAAGAUGUUCAAUUAAAGAUUUUAGAUCUAUUGCCUUUGGUUUUAUUUGAAAGUGUUCCAAAAAAGCAACUGGGUGAUACAAGUAAUCAGGCGGUUGGGGUGUUUUUAAAUAGAGUUUUUUCAAAUAACCUAUUAUCCUCCAAAGUUAAAUCAAAAUUAUUUGUUUUUAUAAUUGAAAUUUUAUUAAAUUCAUUUUCAAUUAAUCAUGUUAGUAAGUGGGGUAGACUUUUGGUGAUGUUUUCAACAAAUCAAAUUUAUAAUUCAAUCAUCCCAAAUUUUGUAGAUAUGAAAAAAGCAAUUGUUUUAUUGGAGCAUUGUUUAUUGUAUAGUGCAGUAGAAUUAAGAAAAAGGUUUCAGUAUGUUUUAAAUUCAAGUAAUAGUUCACUUUCAAAUAAAGAGGUUCAAGAUCCAUGCGAUUAUUGGUUUUCAAAUAUUUGGAAUUCAUUGUUAUUGGUUUCACCACCAAAUAUACCGUAUAGAAUUCAUUUGGCAAUUUUCAAUGCUCAUAGAGUUUUGGGAUUACUUUCAGCAACCAGCACAAUACAGUCUCAUUCACGUUCAGCAAUUUAUAGAUCUUUAGGUGACUAUCAAGAGUUAAUGGCAACUUAUCUUUCAAAUUUUACAGAUAGUUAUUUAUUUAAGCUUCAAGUUGAACCUGGUGAUAUCAUAAUAUCGGAAGAUGAAAAUGAAGCCUUUGUUGAUGUUUUGGAUAAUGAGGAGUUUCAUAAAUCUGUUUUCUCUUUUCUAGUUUCACCAAACCAAAAAAUCAUAACAAUUUUUAAACAACUAUUAACAAAAAAAUAUCAAAAACCUACAGUAACAGCAUCCUUUAAAGAGAUGAUAGCUCAAAGUCCAGAGGAGUCAGUUAGAGGUGCCUUGGGAAUAAUGAGAGAUUUCUUUUUUCAAGUUGGGUUCUCAAAUUGUUUAGAUUCAAUAAAUAUGAUAUUUUAUUAUGGCGACCAUUUGGUGUAUACAUUGAAAAGUAAUUUAACAAAUGUCAAUAUACUCUACAAAGAAUAUUUAUCAACAACUAUCGAUGUUUUAUGGCCAUCAUUUGAAUAUGCUUUAACAGUAAAAGAUAAAUUUUUAGUUCCAAAAUCAGCAGAAAAGCUUAAAUAUAUGUUUGACUGGCUCAAGGAUUGUAUUGGUACCGUUAGUCAAUAUUGUUAUAGUUCAAUCAGCGAGUUAAGUUACACAAAACCGGCCUUUUUGUAUUCCAUUGGUAAUAAUAAUAUGGUAUUGUUUGAAUCAGUUGAGCAAUAUCCAACAUAUAUUAGAAAACCAAUGUUAUCUACAGAGUGUAUCAGUGGUGAGGGCACAACCUUACAGAACGUUUGCUCGGGAGCAAAUAAAAAUUAUUACUCAAUUACAGAUCCAAGUCAAUCAAAUUGUACCAAUAGAUUUUUAGAAAGCUUGGAUUUUUUUUAUUCAAAUUUAGAACUAGUUUAUAAACAUAUAGAUAACUCAUCACUAAAAUCUAUUAUAAUAAUUGAUGAUGAUAGUGGAAAAAGAAGUGCUACUAUUCUUUCAACAGUUUCACGAUGGAGUAAAUUACUUUUGGAUUGGAAUUUGGUCUCAUUAGAUGAAUGGUUCGACUCUGUUUGCUCAGUUAUUAAAUUCUUAUUAAAACAACAAAUUAAACUCGAUAGGCAUUUAGAGGAUUUUAUUAAAAAGGUUCAAAACAAUCAAAUUAUAAUUAAUCAAAAUCAGUUAAUGAAAUUUAAUUCAUCAAUUUUAUCAAAAUCGAUUGAUUUGGUCGAUAUUUCUACACCAGUUUCUAAUUCACACUCAAACACAACAACAUUAAAAUCUUCAGUUUUUAAAGCUGAGGUUUCAUCAUCAUUACCAGUUUCUAAACCAUCAAUUCCAUCAAAUUCUACAUUAAAACCUCAACCAAUUACAACUCAUACAUUAAAACCUCAACCAGUUACAACUCAUACAUUAAAACCAUCAUCAUUAAAACCUAUUCCACCAGCACCAUUGUUCCCUUCAUUAUCCUCAUCCUCAUCCUCAUCUUCAUCCUCAUCCUCUUCAACUGCAAGCAGAUAUACUGAUAGUUUUAAUAAGCCUUUGUUUUUUAGUGAUAAUAUUGAUAAUAAAUUCAAAGAAAGUACUAGUAAAUUUUCAAAUAAUGGUACAGGUUUCAAAGGGGCUUCAUCAUCUUUUGGCUCUUACCAAAGAAGAGAUUCAAGUAUUGAUGAUUUUGAGAGAAACUCAAUUGUUGUUCCGUUAAAGGAAAAAAAGAAGACUAUGAUGUUGGAUAUUGGUGUCACACCUACCUAUAAAAAGUUGGCAGGAAAACAAGCAGCUCAGCAAGAAGAUAUUACUCCAAAGAUAGAAUCAUUACAUAGAAUUAUUCUAAAGUGGGAGCCAAGAACAUUCGAUAGGGAUACUGAGGCAGAAAAUUCAUGUAGACCGGUACCACCACGUUUCAAUGAUAUCCAUCAUUAUAUUAGCAUUUUCCAACCACUUUUAAUUGAGGAAUUUAGAGCACAGGUUCAAAGAAAUAUUGAAGAGGGCGACCAGCCAAUUGAUGUGGUAAUCGAUAAUCAAAUGCAAGACAAUGAUUUUUUAGAUAUUGAUAUGGAAAUACCAUUCAAAGAUAAUUUGGACCUUUUAAUUGAUGAUUUUAUUUUGCUUGUUCAAAAAUUACCACAACCACAACCACAACCACAAUCAUCAAGUAAAGCCCCUACCACUAACUCAAGUAAAGUAAACACAUUGUCAUCGUAUAAGGAUCCAAAUCUUAUUUCAGCUUUUGGAAAAGUUGAACGAAAAGAUAGAAAAGGAGGUGUCGCAAGAAAAGGAGCAGGUGGUUCAGAUAAUAGAGCUUACAUUUUAAAAGUUAGAUUUUAUAAAUCAAAUGUACACCCAUUUACUCAAGCAGUUUAUAAGCAAAAUAAUAAAUGGACAAUUCAAAAGAUUACAAGUUUAUCAACUGUCAGUAGAGAGUAUAUGGCCUUGCAAUUUGUAGGUAAAGUUCCAUUGGGCCAAGCUGUUAUUACCCCACAAAUUUUUAUUGGUAAAAACGAUAGCCAUGUACCUAGUUUUAGAAUUCCAACCAAAUUACACUCAGUUUUACAAGGAAAAUUAAAUCCAAGCCAAAUGAGUGCUGUUAAUGAGACUUGUAAAAAUGUUAAAGGUUUUACUCUUUUACAAGGUCCUCCAGGCACUGGUAAAACAAAGACCAUUAUGUCAUUAUUAUCAGUUUUCUCAUCAGUGUUCUCUUCCUCUGAGCAUUCUAGUGGUAUUGCAAUCGAUAAAUUAUUGGAUCAAGAGAUUGAGGUUGAUAAUUCAGAAAUUUCCUUAGAGCUUGAAAAGCUGGAGAGCUCCACAAAUAAAGUUAAAUCAUUAAAACAAGAAAUAUCUAAAAUUGAAAACGAAAUUAAAAAACUAGAGAUUCUAGCAGCAUCACUUAAAGAAAAGAAACAACCAGAAUCAGAAAUUAGAGCCGAAAUCAAUAAUCUUUAUCAAACUAAAAAUAAAAAUAUAGCAGAGCUUAAAUUGGCAAAAGAGGAGGAGCGUGUGACAACAGAUAAAUAUACAACCUCAAGAAAGAAUCUUUUUAUUGGUAUCAUAUCAAGGUAUUGGAAUAAAUUGGUUCAAAGUAUUAAAUCUUCAAAAAAUUGUUAUUAUGCUAUUUCAAAAAAAUCAAUUUUAAAUAGAAAAUUAGAUCAAAAUAGUAAUGGCUAUAUAAAUAAUAUAAAUACUAUAAAUAAUAUAAAUAAUAUAAAUAAUAUAAAUAAUAUAAAUAAUAAUAUGAAUAAUAAUAUGAAUAAUAAUAGUAGUAUGGAUAAUAAAAUGAAUAUAAAAAAUAAUGGUCAAAAAGAUUUAAAUGAAAAAAAUAACAAGGAAGCUAUUGGUUCAAAAUAUCAUCCACCAAGCAAGGGAAUCUUAAACCCAUCUUCUUUAUUUAUUAGAAAACCUGCUGCAAAUAAUGUAACACCAGUCACACCUUCCCCAAGUUCCUCGUUAUUGAGUCCUCCAAUAAUACCAUCUUUACCAACAACCCAAAAGGUAUCAUCACUCAAUAGUUUAUAUAAUAUACAACCACCUCCACCAUCAAACCCAAAUAACAUUCCACCUCCACCCCCACCAUAUGGUCCACCUCCACCCCCACCAUAUGGCCCACCUCCACCCCCACCAUAUGAACCACCUCCACCAAAUGUAAAUUAUAACUCAUCAAUUCCUCAAGAUUCAGAAUCAAUCCAUAAUGGCAAUAGAGAUAAAGAAAGAGAUAAAUAUUAUAAUGACAGAUAUAGAGAUAAAAACUAUAAUGAUAGAGAUAGUUAUUAUAGAGAUCGUGAUAGAGAUCGUGGUAGAGACCGUGAUCGUGAUCGUGAUAGAGACCGUGACCGUGAUCGUGACCGUUAUAGAGACCGUGAUAGAUAUAGAGACAGAGAUAGAGAUUAUGAUGAUAGAGAUAGAAAAAAACAUAAACUUUAA